GGAGGCAGGCGGGUCCUGGUCCCCGAGACCUUCUCGCCUGCUUGUGUAGGUCAGGAGGUGCCUGUUCGGGGCGAUUCCCUGCGUUCGGGGCAAGGGGAGCCGGCGAGCGGGCGGAGCUCGUGUCUCUCCGGGGUCGGAAGCCGGAGCCGGUUGCGGGAACGAACCGCGGGAAGCGGCCGCCGCCCUGACCGCGCAGGGCAGGCCCCGCGAGGGGAGGCGGGGCGGGGCCCGCGAGAAGAAAGGGGAGGUGGAGCGGCCCGGAGCCGCGCUGUGCGAGCUGGACUGCAGCCGCCGUGCACCCCGACGCCACGAUGGGGCUGGAGACCGAGAAGGCGGACGUCCAGCUCUUCAUGGAUGACGACUCCUACAGCCGCCAAAGUUGUGUCAACUACGCCGACCCUGAGAAGUUCGCAGACUCCGGCCCAGAUCGGGAUCCGAACCAGCUCAACUCGAAUCUCAAGGUGGGCUUCGAGGAUGUGAUCGCAGAGCCGGAGUCUACGCACUCCUUUGACAAAGUGUGGAUCUGCAGUCAUGCCCUCUUUGAAAUCAGCAAAUACGUGAUUUACAAGUUCCUGACAUUGUUCCUGGCAAUCCCCCUGGCCUUUGCUGCGGGAAUUAUCUUUGCCACCCUCAGCUGUCUGCACAUCUGGGUUAUAAUGCCUUUUGUAAAGACCUGCCUAAUGGUUCUGCCUUCAGUGCAGACUAUAUGGAGGAGUGUGACAGAUGCUGUCAUUGCCCCAUUGUGUACAAGUGUAGGACGCAUCUUCUCGUCUGUCAGCUUGCAACUGAGCCAUGACUGAACACUUGGCCCCCAGGUCUGGAGAUUUGGAUACUGUAAUACUUCCUUGUUAUAGCACAAAAGCACUGCUGUUCUGUUCAUUCCCCAACUGUUCUAAUUAAGAAAACUAUUAAGAUGGGCAAACCACAUUUAGGAAUGUUUAUUGGCAAGUCUUUUCAAAUAAUGCUUUUCUAAUUAAUAACAAGGAUUUCAUAUCUACCUUUAUAACCAAAACUAAACAAUAGAUUGGCAACACUAAUUUUAAAGACAGAUACUUUUUGCUUUAGUACAAAUGUAUACAUUUUAUCAUGAUGAAUUUAUAAUGAUCAAGAGAUAUUUCCCUCAAAUACUACAAUGGUUUUGUCUACAACUGCACAUAGAAAUAUGGGAUUUUCUCACUCUUUUACUCUGGAAGUAAUACUUUUAAAUUACCUUUGCAGAUAAAGUGAUGCGGACACUUAGCAAUAAGAUACACAAAGAUCCUAGAAACUGCAGUAAUAAAAGCAUACAAUGGUGAUGGAGCUAUCAAAUAUAAUAAAAAAUGUGAAAUAGAUUCAUGCAAAUGUUUUCCUUUAAAUGAGGGGUUGUUAGUCUACCGUCCUAUUUAACAUUUCCAUUUUACUGUAUAUUUUGUACUUAAUGUAAAUGUUGCUUUAAUCAGAUUGCUUCAAAGGACUUUUAUUAUAUUUGUGUUCUUAUUGAGGUAAUAUAUACAAAGAGUAAAUAUAUCUCCCACAAGGAACUCAUUGCUGAGAUGCACUGUCUUGAUCAUGGAAACACAUAUAUCUUCUUUGGGAACAGAAUUUAAAAGAGUAAAAUACUGGCUUUUUUGUCUAACUUUUCCAAGCAAAAUCAUGAAAUGUUUUAUAACUAAUGUUUAUCUGGCUGUGUUCUUAAAAUAAUUUGUAUCUAAUUCUUAUUUUGUCUAGUAGAUAAUUUCUCUCUUAUACUUAGAAAUUAAACCUAUAUGCUGCAAUUCCUAAUUGGUGCUAUUUAAUAACAUUUUACAAUAAAGGCUAUUUCUGACACUUAAA